GUUUGUUUCCUGGUAGACGUGUUUUACUGACGGACCCACUCUGUGGAUACAGAGAAUAGGAAAUCUAUAGAUCAGGCUGGUAAGUUGGUGCCGGGGUCUGGUGAUAUGGGGGGGGGGGGGCACACCGUGUCCAUUUAUCAGCCUAAACCUAGAUCUGGAUCCCAGUGUGCCAGGCAUGGGCUCAAUACCAGCUCACAGCCAUAUCUGAUAGGAUUGGAAUAAUGGGGCAAAUAACAGUGUGCCAGGCAUGGGGCAAAUAACAGUGUGCCAGGCAUGGGGCAAAUAACAGUGUGCCAGGCAUGGGGCAAAUAACAGAGUGCCAGGCAUGGGGCAAAUAACAGAGUGCCUGGCAUGGGGCAAAUAACAGUGUGCCAGGCAUGGGGCAAAUAACAGUGUGCCAGGCAUGGGGCAAAUAACAGGUGCCAGGCAUGGGGCAAAUAACAGAGUGCCAGGCAUGGGGCAAAUAACAGAGUGCCAGGCAUGGGGCAAAUAACAGAGUGCAUGGGGCAAAUAACAGUGUGCCAGGCAUGGGGUAAAUAACAGAGUGCAUAGCAUGGGGCAAAUAACAGAGUGCCAGGCAUGGGGCAAAUAACAGAGUGCCAGGCAUGGGGUAAAUAACAGAGUGCCUGGCAUGGGGCAAAUAACAGAGUGUCAGGCAUGGGGCAAAUAACAGUGUGCCAGGCAUGGGGUAAAUAACAGAGUGCCAGGCAUGGGGCAAAUAACAGUGUGCCUGGCAUGGGGCAAAUAACAGUGUGCCUGGCAUGGGGCAAAUAACAGAGUGCCAGGCAUGGGGCAAAUAAGAGUGCCAGGCAUGGGAGUAAUAAGUAUGCCAGGCAUGGGGUAAAAUAGCAAUUAUGCAGGCAUGGGGUAAAUAACAGAGUGCAGGCAUAGGGCAAAUAACAGUAUGCCAGGCGUAGGGUAAACAACAGAGUGUCAGGAAGCAUGGGGCAAAUAACGGUAGUACACAGCAGGGUAAAUAACAGUGUGUGCCUGGCAUGGGAGCCCGAUAACAGAAGUACCAGGCAUGGGGUAAACAACAAUUAUGCCAGACAUGAGAUGUUAAAUAACAGAGUGCAGGCAUAGAGGGUAAAAAUAACAGUGUACCGCAGGCAUGGGGUAAACAACAAUUAUUGCCAGGCAUGGGGUAAAUAACAGGGGUGAUUGCCAGGCAUGGGGUAAACAACAGUAUUACGCAGGCAGAGGGUAAAUAAAUUAUUGCCAGACAUGGGUAAACAGAGUGCCAGGCAUGGGGCAAGCUAGCAAUUAUGCCAGGCAUGGGGUAAAUAACAGUGUGCCAGGCAUGGGGUAAAUAACAGAGUGCCAGGCAUGGGGCAAAUAAGUGUGCCAGGCAUGGGAUAAAUAGUGUGCCAGGCAUGGGAUAAAUAGUGUGCCAGGCAUGGGAUAAAUAGUGUGGCAGGCAUGGGGUAUAUAGUGUGCCAGGCAUGGGGUAAAUAGUGUGCCAGGCACGGGCAAAUAACAGUGUGUCAGGCAUGGGGUAAAUAGUGUGCCAGGCAUGGGGCAAAUAACAGUGUGUCAGGCAUGGAGCAAAUAAGUGUGCCAGGCAUGGGGUAAAUAGCAGUGUGCCAGGCAUGGGAUAAAUAGUGUGCCAGGCAUGGGGUAAAUAGUGUGCCAGGCACGGGGCAAAUAACAGUGUGUCAGGCAUGGGGUAAAUAGUGUGCCAGGAAUGGGGCAAAUAACAGUGUGCCAGGCAUGGGGCAAAUAACAGUGUGCCAGGCAUGGGGUAAAUAACAGUGUGCCAGGCAUGGGGUAAAUAACAGUGUACCAAACAUGGGGUAAAUAACAGUGUGCCAGGCAUGGGGUAAAUAACAGAGUGACAGGCAUGGGGCAAAUAGUGUGCCAGGCAUGGGGUAAAUAACAGUGUGCCAGGCAUGGGGUAAAUAAUAGUUUGCCACGAAUGGGGUAAAUGUCAAUACUGUGCCAGGCAUGGAGUAAAUGUCAAUACUGUGUCAGGCAGUGUGUAAAUUCAACACUGUGCCAGGCAUGGGUUCAAUAACAGUGUGCCUGGCAUGGGUUAAAUGUGAAUACUGUGCCAGGCAUGGGGUAAAUGUCAGCACUGUGCCAGGCAUGUGGUAAAUGUCAAUUGUAAAUGUGCAAUUCAUGGUGUAAAUGUCAGCUCAGUGCCAGGCAUUGGAUACAUGCUAGCAAUGUGCAAGGCAGUGUUUUCAUAUCGACACCUUGCCAAGCAGAGAUAUGUGUCACAGCUGUGCCAGGAAUGGGGUACAUUUUAACAUUGUGUCAAAAAAGGAAAACAUAUUAGCAGUGUGCAAGACAGGGAUGCCUUCGAGUACUGUGCCAUACACAGUGUCCAUGUCAGCACUGGGCCAGGCAGGUAUGACAGAUAUUGUGAGCAUGUCAGUACUGUGCCAAGCAGGGAUGCCAAAUAUUGGGUGCAUAUCAGCACUGUGCUAGGAAGGGAGUGCUUGCCCUCCCCAUCUCUACUGUUUUUGUACCCAUAAUUAGUGUGUUAUGAUCAAAGUAAUCAUGUAUUUUUCUUUAAAUGAACUUCUUUACAUAGAAUCAUGUCUGACUCCGGUCACAGCCAGCCCAAUAUGUAUGUCCCUGGACGCAACAGGAGACGACGCUGGAUGGAUCAGGGACCUCCAGGGAACCUCAAUCUUUCUGAGCCUGGACGUGAGAGAGAACCCAUACUACGGGACCGUGAUCAGGACCGAUGGGUGAGUCCCAAUGCAUGCCUUAGCUACGUGGUCCCUAUUUGUAUCUAUUUUCUUAAAUUUGAAACUUUGUUUCCAUAAAUCAAUGUGCCUUUUUGUCAGAUGUAUGUUUCAUAAAUAUGUUCCUCCAAGUUAAAUCUAUUCAUCUAUAUUGUAUUGCAAAAAGUAGGUUUCAUAUUGUAUUAUAAGAAAAUCUUAUUUGCACUAGGUAAUGGGCCCUUGCCAAAUAGCUAAAACAGUCAAACUGUCGAAUUUCCCCUUAAAUUAAAAACAGAUAGGUAAAUGUUUACAUUUUACUUCCACCCUCACCUACCCAGAAAUAUUUGAUCUAUUCUGUCAAAUAGUGGCAUUUUCUCUCCCCCCCCCCACCCACAACAAUUUUCUUUUUUACCAGAAUAGUCACUUUAGAAGAACAUUAUCUGAAAUAAUGAUUUGAAAUAGCUUGUCUUAAACAUAUGUAGUGAAAAUGCCUAUGGCAGGAAAACCUUUCCCAUUUGAUGAAUUACUAUUUCCAGUGCCCAGUAGUGUGGAAUUUGAAUAUAUAUUUGUAAAAUAUAGAGACAAGUAAACAUAAAGGAAAAAGAACAUUCAAAACAAUUCUUCUUUUUUUAAGAGUCACUGGUCACCAUCUUACAUUAAAGGGACUCCAUAGGUCAGGGGUAGGCAACCUUUGGCUCUCCAGAUGUUGUGGUCUACAUGUCACAUAAUUCUCUUACAGCCGUAAUGCUGGCAAAGCAUGAGGGAAGAUGUAGUCCUCAGCAACUGGAUUUCUGAAUGCCUACUCCUGCUAUAGGCACUAUAGCAAUUUUAUCUCAUUGAAUUGUUUAAAGCACCUGGAGUCUCCUGGCACUGUCCUUCCAUUAAAUUUUAAGCCAUUUUGAAGCAGUUUAAAAAUGAAUGGCCGUCCACAAUCCAGUCCCCACUGGAGAUUACACACUUCCCUAGCCAGUGGCUUACAUACCGGGGUCACAGGGGUCGCGGCUGCGACCGGGCCCGGCCCACCAGGGGGCCUGGCCGCCCUGCGACCUGGUAUGUACACCAGUGUGGCCAGCCUCUUCUCCUGGGGAGCCCAGGAGCUGGCCACCUCAGGGCCCCCUCGUGGCUGGCCCUGGUGUCACCGGGCAGGCUGGCUGGCGCACGCGCGAGGGAGCACUCUCCCCUGAGCGCUCUCUGCCCAGCUCCCUCGCGCACUGCACUGAUGCCAGAGCCGGAAUAUGAUGUCAUAUUCCGGCUCCGGCAUCAGUACGCGGCGCGCGAGGGAGCUGAACAGGGAGCACUCAGGGGAGAAUGCUCCCUCGCACGCCCGUCAGCCUGCCCGGUGACUGGCCGCCCAGCAACACCACUGGACCCCAGAAAAUCCCCUCAGCACUCCCAAAGGUAGGGAGUCUGGGGGAUUAAAUUUUUUAAAAAAACGUGUGUGUGUGUUAGUGUUAGAGUGUGUUUGUUUGUUAGAGUGUGUGUUAGUGUUAGUUAGAUUGUGUGUGUUUUAGAGUGUGUGUGUGUUAGUGUUAGUUUUUGUGUCUGUGAGUGUGUUACUGUGUGUGUGUAUGUUCCUGUUAGUUUGUGUGCGUCUGUUAGUGAGUCUGUUUGGUGUCUGUUAGUGAGUGUGUAUGUGUCUGUCUGUCAGUGAGUGUGUGUCUGUCAGUAAAUGUGUGUGUCUGUUAGCUAGUGUGAAUGCGUCUGUUCGUGAGAGUGUGUGUGUCUCUGUUAGCUAGUGUGUAUGCAUCUGUUCGUGAGAGUGUGUGUGUGUCUUCAGCACUUACCUUUCUCCAGCGCCGGACUCCCUUGGCGCUGGGGAUCCCUCCGCCCCGAUCCGCCUCUCAGCUCCGAAUGCACAUGCGCGGCAAGAGCCAUGCGCGCAUUCAAACCGCCCAUCGGAAAGCAUUACUCAAUGUCCUUCUGUUCAAUGCUUUCCUAUGGACGUUCAGCGUCUUCUCACUGUGAUUUUCACAGUGAGAAUCGUGGAUUCUCCUCUAGCGGCUGUCAGUGAGACAGCCACUAGAGGCUGGAUUAACCCUCAGUGAAACUUGUCAGUUUCUCUGAAAGUGCUAUGUUUUCAGCUGCAGGGUUAAAACUAGAGGGACCUGGCACCCAGACCACUUCAUUGAGCUGAUGUGAUCUGGGUGUCUGUAGUGGUCCUUUAAGUGUAUGUGUAUCUGCAUGCUGUCCCUGUGACCCCUGCGACCAGGUGCCCGCCGCCAUGUGUUGCAGAUCAGUUUUCGCACAGGGGCCCCAUGGGUUAUGUGUCCCUAGCCAUACCAAUUAAUACCAGCAGUGGGAGGCUGUGGGUGUCACUCUUAGGCAUUUAUAAAUGAGUCAUUUAUUACACGUGAGUUUACAGAGGAAGAGGUUCUAUUUCAACUGUCAAAAGUAAAGACAAAUAAGUCAAUGGGACCUGAUGGAAUACACCCAAAGCUAUUAAAAGAGCUUAGUGGUGUACUAGCAAAACCAUUAACAGAUUUAUUUAACCAAUCAUUGUUAACAGGAGUAGUCCCAGAAGAUUGGAAGUUAGCGAAUGUUGUGCCCAUUUACAAGAAAGGUAAUAGGGAGGAGUCGGGCAACUAUAGGCCAGUAAGCCUUACUUCAGUAGUGGGGAAAGUGAUGGAAACCAUGUUAAAGGAUAGGAUUGAUGAACAUCUAAAAACACAUGGAUUUCAAGAUCAGAGACAACAUGGGUUUACUUCAGGGAGAUCAUGCCAAACUAAUCUUAUUGAUUUUUUUGAUUGGGUAACUAAAAUUAUAGAUCAGGGUGGUGCAGUAGACAUUGCUUACCUAGAUUUCAGUAAGGCUUUUGACACUGUUGCACAUAGAAGGCUUAUCAAUAAACUGCAAUCUUUAAGUUUGGAUUCAAAUAUUGUUGAAUGGGUAAGGCAGUGGCUGAGUGACAGGCAACAGAGGGUUGUAGUUAAUGGAAUAUAUUCGAAGCUUGGACUUGUCACCAGUGGGGUACCUCAGGGAUCUGUACUUGGACCCAUUCUCUUUAAUAUUUUUAUUAGUGAUAUUGCAGAAGGUCUUGAUGGUAAGGUAUGUCUUUUUGCUGAUGAUACUAAGAUAUGUAACAGGGUUGAUGUUCCAGGAGGAUAAGCCAAAUGACAAAUGAUUUAGGUAAACUAGAAAAAUGGUCAGAAUUGUGGCAACUGACAUUUAAUGUGGAUAAGUGCAAGAUAAUGCAUCUUGGACGUAAAAACCCAAGGGCAGAGUACAGAAUAUUUGAUAGAGUUCUAACCUCAACAUAUGAGGAAAGGGAUUUAGGGGUGAUUAUUUCUGAUGACUUAAAGGUAGGCAGACAAUGUAAUAGAGCAGCAGGAAAUGCUAGCAGAAUGCUUGGUUGUAUAGGGAGAGGUAUUAGCAGUAGAAAGAGGGAAGUGCUCAUGCCAUUGUACAGAACACUGGUGAGACCUCACUUGGAGUAUUGUACACAGUACUGGAGACCGUAUCUUCAGAAGGAUAUUGAUACCUUAGAGAGGGUUCAGAGAAGGGCUACUAAACUGGUUCAUGGAUUGCGGGAUAAAACUUACCAGGAAAGGUUAAAGGAUCUUAACAUGUAUAGCUUGGAGGAAAGACGAGACAGGGGGGAUAUGAUAGAAACAUUUAAAUAUAUAAAGGGAAUCAACACAGUAAAGGAGGAGACUAUAUUUAAAAGAAGAAAAACUACCACAACAAGAGGACAUAGUCUUAAAUUAGAGGGACAAAGGUUUAAAAAAAUAUCAGGAAGUAUUACUUUACUGAGAGGGUAGUGGAUGCAUGGAAUAGCCUUCCAGCUGAAGUGGUAGAGGUUAACACAGUAAAGGAGUUUAAGCAUGCGUGGGAUAGGCAUAAGGCUAUCCUAACUAUAAGAUAAGGCUAGGGACUAAUGAAAGUAUUUAGAAAAUUGGGCAGACUAGAUGGGCCGAAUGGUUCUUAUCUGCCGUCACAUUCUAUGUUUCUAUGUUUCAUGCCACCAAUUUCCGUUCAGGUUAUUGCUUCCUCAUUAGCCUCAGGAGCACACAGUGAAUGGGCUGCUGGGCACCUUCAUUUAGCUUUAGACCAUUAAAAAUGGUGUAACAUUGAACAGAAGGACAAUGCCAGGAUCUUCAGACUCUAUAACCACUUCAACAAUAUGGAGCAUUUACAGUGCCUACAGUGCCCCUUUAAAGUGGUAAACCAUUUUGCUCAUUAACUAAGUUGCUUCCUAGGCACCCAUAGUAUUUACUCUACUAGGCUAAGAUGGCAGACAGAGACUCCAGCCAACAAAACGGCUUCAUUAAGAAGUUGUUUUAGGGGGUGGUGUGUUCCUUUAAAAAAAACAGCAAAAAAAAAACCGUAAAUGAUAGUUUCAUUUUAAUGUCACUGGCCAUAAUGAAGAAGUUGAAUUGUAGGGAGACGUUAACUCAGAUGUUGGAUAUUUGGCUUAUUUUUCUUAUUCCACAGAUUAUCAGAUUCUCUUUACUGGACAUGAGGAAUCCUCUGAAAUAAUUCGAUUUAAUGUUGAUGAUUUAGGAUGCCAGUCCACAUUACUACACUAUCACAAUAGGUUGAUUUUCAUAUACCCUUCUGUUUUUGUUAUUAAGUAAAUCAACGUAUGUAUAUAGAACAGCAGCAACAUUCUGAAAGUGAAACUUUCUGUUGAAUUCCAUGGUAUUUCCACUGGACUAUAAAAAUAAUCACUUUUAGCAGUAUUCACAGUGAUAAUUGCUAGGAAUUCAAAGUGAAUUUCAAAUUUUGGAAUGAUAAAAUUAGAAAAAUUCUCAGUCAAUUCUGCCUUUUAUUCUGGUCUUACUUUUAAAUUCAUUUUGAAUUGCUCACAUUAGCGAAUUACCCUGAUAGUGUUCACUUUGAUGAAUACUGACCAACAUAAACACUUUGUUAAACCAUGUAAAGUAAGAGGUCUGUGUUGCAACCCUAUGUUAUCUUGGGAUCUUUUCUUAAUAUGUCUCUACUCAAUCAGGAUGGAAAUGAAGAUGGCUGUGGGUACACAAUACAGAAAACUCCCAUCAUCCUGUCUAAGCCAGCAAAUGAGCGUGUAAGUGUGUUAGAUAUUAAGUGAAACUAUGAGAUAAAAAAUACAUAUUUUAAUGCGUUUUAUAGUGAAUGCUUUAAAAUAAAUACAGAUGAAAGAUACUUUCAUUCCAAGUGUCCUUCAGAUGCAGUGUUUAGUGGAUAUUGAUACUUUAGAAAGAGUUCAGAGAAGGGCUACUAAACUGGUUCAUGGAUUGCAGGAUAAAACUUGCCAGGAAAGACGAGACAGGGGGGAUAUGAUAGAAACAUUUAAAUACAUAAAGGGAAUCAACACAGUAAAGGAGGAGACUAAAUUUAAAAGAAGAAAAACUACCACAACAAGAGGACAUAGUCUAAAAUUAGAAGGGCAAAGGUUUAAAAAUAAUUUCAGGAAGUAUUACUUUACAAAGAGGGUAGUGGACGCAUGGAAUAACCUUCCAGCCGAAGUGGUAGAGGUUAACACAGUCAGGGAGUUUAAACAUGCGUGGGAUAGGCAUAAGGCUAUCCUAGACUUAAAGGACCACUAUAGGCAAACAGACCACUUCAGCUCAAUGAAGUGGUCUGGGUGCCAGGUCCCUCUAGGGUUAACUGCUAUGUUUACAUAUGGGUUAAUCCAGCCUCUCAUUGACAGCUGCUAGAGGCGCUUCCGCGCUUCUCACUGUGAUUUUCACAGUGAGAGGACCCUAGCGUCCAUAGGAAAGCGUUGAGAAUGCUUUCCUAUGGACUGACUGAAAGCGCGCGCGGCUCUUGACGCGCAUUCAGCCAAUGACGUCUGAAGUAGGAGGAGAGUCCUCAGCGCCGAGGGAGCCCGGCGCUGGAGAAAGGUAAGUAUUUUACCCCUUCCUCCCCCUAAAGCCCGGCGGGAGGGGGUCCAUGAGGGUGGGUGGGACCUAUUAAUACUAUAGUGCCAGGAAAACGAGUUUGUCCUUUAAGAUAAGGCCAGGGACUAAUUAAAAGUAUUUCGAAAAUUGGGAAGACUAAAUAGGCCGAAUUGUUCUUAUCUGCCGUCACAUUCUAUGUUUCUUUGACCCUCCCCUAACCUUAAUUUUUGUAGAUCACUAUACAGUUAUAAUCAGAAUUAUUCAACCCCCAUUGAAAAAAAAAUUUAUGUUAGACUUUCAGCUGUUUGCAAUGAACAAAUCAAACAAAAGCAUUUCAAGUAGCUCAACAUAGCAUGACAUUUUCUCCUUGGAUUUCCUGGUACUUCAAUAAAUCCAUCCUUCCACAUGCUGCAGGUUUCCAGUGCCAGAGGAUACUAAGCAGCCACCAGGAUGCCUAACUGUAGGCAGUGUAUUUUUCUGCGUAUGCUUCAUUCUUCUUCUGCCAGACAUACCGCUGAUCCAUUGGGCCGAAAAGUUCCAAUUUUGUUUCAUGGCUCCACAGAACAGAAUCCCAAAACUUCUGUGGCUUAUUUAUAUGAUUUUAAGCAUAUUGGAGAAGACUUUUCUUGUGCUUUUGGGUCCGUAGUGAUGUACAUCUUGAAGUCCUGGCAUGGAAACCUUCUGCAUUUAGUAUGCACCUUACUAUGCUUACUGAAACGUCAGUGCCUGCUGCCAUUAAGUCUUGCUGCAAGUCUUUUGCUGUCACUCAAGGGUUUUUCACAGCCUACCUUUUCAGAAAUUUGGUUGCAGCCAUUGAUAGCUUCCUUUUUCUGCCCCGUCCAGGUAGUGUAACCACUGUUCCUUCAACUUUGAACUUGCAAACUAUGCUUCCAACGAUCUCCCUAGGAACAUUCAGUGCCUUUUGAGAUCUUUUUGUAUCUUGUUCCUUGUUUGUGAAGGGUAAUGAUCUCUUCUCUUAACUUUGUGGACCAUUUUUUUGACUUAGCCAUAUUUCUAACAUGCAGUCAAACAUGACAUUCAACAAAUCUCUAGCCAGUUCAGGUAUUUCAAGUGUUCCCUUGAUUAGUUGAAUCAGGUGGGCUUGUGAUAACACCUGUUUUGCAUAUUUGUGCUAUCAAGAAGGAUUCUUUUAAGGGGGUUGAAUAAUUUUGAGACUGGAGAAAUCAUUAUAAGUUGCAUUUUCAGCUGAAUUUAGUUUAACAACUUGAAGCAUUUGUUGUGUCGAACUAUUUAAAUUUUUUUGUUUUGUUUGAUUUGUUCAUUGCAGUAGUCUGUACAUUUUGACAAUAAACCUAAUUUUCAAUGGGGAGUUGAAUAAUUACAACAGUAUGUGUGAGAUUGCAGGUGUUUUUUCUACUUGGAUAAUGAAACCUCUCGUGGAAUUUAUUGCUGACAAGGGCCAUAUCAUGUCAGUAUAUCAUAACUGUAUCAAUGUUUCCCAUUUAGGCAAAGUCUGCUCCAGCUCCUGCCACUAUAGAAAAGCCUAUUGUCCUAAUGAAGGCUCGGGAGGAUUCUAAACCGGCCUCCACUGCAGAGGGCACAGCCCUGCCACCCACUGCUGCCAUGGCAAAGGUGGAAAAAGAAGGGCAGCGCCCAACCCAGCCAGUUUAUCAAAUCCAAAAUAGAGGCAUGGGCUCUGCAGCAAGUAGUGCUGGCAACGUGGACCGUACGUAUUGAGAAACCAUUUUGUAAUGGAUCAUUUGAGAUUCCUUUGUUGGUUCAUUGUGUAACUUAAUAAUUUGGGUAUUUGAUUUUAUUAUGUAUUUUCUUAGGUACUCAUGCAUCGAUUAAAAUGCGCAGCGAUCAACAAAUCUGACUUCUCAGUUUAGAAAACUUAUCAAGGCAAAUACAGGGCUCUUUUGGGUUGAAGUGCUAUAUAAAGAAUUGUCACCAUGGAAACUAUAGCAUUUCUCUCACUGUUUGCCUAUAAGUUUCACUUGCUUUGCCUUGAUAAACCUUGUCUUAUUUCUUUGUCCCAGAGUGAUGAACGUAUAAUUUCUAUUGCUUUUAUCACUAUUUUUGGGGGGGGGGGAAAUGUCUCUUUCCAUAUCUAAAUAAUAUUUAUACCAAUACAGGGAGUGACCGAGACACACUGUAAGAUAUUAUUAAGAUCUUAAUAAGGGUUUAUUUGGUGCAGCAUACAGGUAUGCCAUAAAUGUUUAAUCAGAAUUAUACCUGUACGUAGUGCAAAUGUUGACAUAUGUAAAGAAAUAGAAAAAGAGAGAGUGGAUGGAAUAGAAAGAAAAAAGACAAUAUAUGGGUGAGGGGUGAGGCCUGGUUCAGAGGGAAGACUGGUCCAGGAGUUACAUACUCUCCAAGGUGCGGGGAUAGGAGAGGCGUCAUUGGGAGCCUUAUUAUUGAUACAGAAGAAGCUGUAUAGAUGUAUCCAAGAUGUAGAGAAUGUGCUUGCUGGUUUAUUGUAGAAUUUAUAAUAGGCUUUUGAGAAGUAGUAGAAUGGUGAUACCUUUAUUGUAAACCUCACCCUAUUCAUUGCCCACACUUUCAAAUCAAUCACAUUUCUUUCUCCAGCAUAAAGUAUAUACAACAGUAUUGUUGCAUAUAAAAUACACUAUCACCCUGAUCACCUUGCUAAUUGCAGGUUUGUAAAACUCUGUUUUUAGAGUAGCUGAUUAUUUAGCCAUAUGCCUUGAUUAAAAACCCAAUAGGGUUCAUAAAUUGUAUGUACUAUCUGUAUUGUACAUUUGGUAAAAUAAAGACCCAUUUAAACCUACUGUUCAUCAAUCAUGGAAUUCCUAUUAGAGUAUGUGGGCCAGGACCAUUGCCAAGCCCUGCAGCACAAAGUAAUAUUGUAGCCGUUUGCAUCUCAGUAAAUCAUUUAGUAAAUUCAUAUCAGUGAGAAAGUUCCCCAGCCAUAGGUUUCAUUUUGUCUUUUAUUCUUGUUUUACAGCUGUGGUGGGCCAGGCAAAGUUGAUGCCACCCCAGAAGAUGAAGCACUGCAUCAAACUGGUAGAUGAAUACAUGAAUUGGUGUGACAGUGCAAUUGAGGUAAUGUCAUCUGCUUUGUUAUGUUGAUCAAAAUCCAUAAGUCACGGUGGAACUUUAUUCAUCACAUCUCCAUAGCUUUAGUGACAACUGAUGUUAUGCAGUUAUCUACUGUUUCUCAGUAUUUGGAUAGAAAUGCUUAUUAGUAUCACAUUGUUACAGAAUCAUUUCCUUGAAUCUACCUAAUUUCCUUUAAGACUUUUAGGGGAAACUGUCACAUAUAGGAUUUUGUAUAACCCAUUUGCUAAGUACAUCUCAGCCAUGGGUUGUGCUAAUUUUUUUUCUUCAAAUUACAUUACACAAGGCUAUCCAGACGCAGUGUGGUUUACGAUACAAAUUACUGUCACCUUGUGAUGCCUUGUUUGUUCAUGCACGUUUGGUACUGCGGGAUGAAUGCUGUAGCAUCCAUGUACUUGUACAGCACCAUUGAAGAAGAUGUGGGUGGCACAUGCAGAUGUAAGUGCAUUUUAUUCUUGCCCACGCUCCUGUCCUCAACCUGGUAAAUGCCCCAAUAGCAUUUAUUUGGGUGAGCGAAAGAGGGAUUGUCAAUGUUAGAAAAGUGACCAUUGAACCGUGUUCAUUUUUUGAUGAUGAAGGAUAAGCAACCAUCCCUUCCAUUGGUCAUAAUGCUGGGCAUUUAGAAUUUUUUUUUUUUUUUUUUUUAUUGAAAUGUUUAAUUCCAACAAUUUAUUUUUACAUUUGUUCUCAUUCAUCCGAAACAGAGUUUUAGUUGCCCCAGCCAUUUCUGUGUGUUUCUCAAACUGCCUUGAGUGUAAUGAUCUCCUAUUAACACAACUCAUGAUGUAACUGUGUAUUAAUGGCCUUUAUCAGCGUUCUUCCCACUGUGAACUGAUGUGUUGUUCUGCUGGUGUUUCAGUACCUGUUGGAUCAGACGGAUGUUCUUGUAGUUGGUGUCCUUGGAUUACAAGGCACAGGGAAAUCUACCAUCAUGUCCUUGCUAUCUGCCAACUCACCAGAAGAUGACCAGAGGUAUGGGACAUGGCAGGAUCACUUCUGUUAUGACCAAAUGUCACCCAUUUUCUUUUUUCUAUUUUGAGAUAACAGUGAUGGCCUGCCUGGCACCCCGACUGGGUACCUCCGUCAAUCGCUGCUACCUAGUAAUCCUUGAGUACCAUAAGCACCGCACCAGACACCAUAACCACCGUAAACCCCACAAACCGCUGCAGCUUGGUUGGGAUCUCGCUGUUCUCCAAAAUCAGGAUCCAGCUUUCCUAGUCCAGAGACCAAAGCAGGCUGUAAGCCAAGGGAGUAUAGUGAUUAUAGCAAUCCCCAGAGUGAAUAUAGCUCUCCAAUCCCUCAAACAUUAGCCUAGACUUCAUGAAGUUUAAUGGCAGCAACAACUGGCCUUAUAUGCAGGUCCCCAUGCAAGGGGCACUCCCCACUGGACCUGAGAGUAGGCUACAGUAAAACAUACACAUGAUUACAUUGGCUCUCAGGUCCAGGACACUCCCAUACAAAAUAGCUAAAUCCCUCCCCUGUGCCUGAGACAUAAUUGAGUAAGCAGUGCAUAAAACUUAAUUAUCUCCAGGCACAGAAAACAUAAAUUUUUACAAACCCCCCAAAAUACCUUUAAACACACAGAAUCCCCCCAAAAGUUACAUCUCCUAAUAGCCCCGAUCUGGGUGACCAACAUAUCUGAAAAUCACCCAGAUCGGUUGAGGAAUUUCCUGGAAGUCAUAAUUUGACCCACCGCACGCAUGGUCCCAUGCCCAAAACAGUUCCAGAAAAUCAGGACUUGUGGUCGGUCCAGUUCGGUAGUUUAAAAAAAACGAACAAACUACCGAACAUAUUCAAGAGUCUUACCCUGGAGCUUGUUUCCUUUGUUCGUGGGAACGUUUCCAUCAAACAGUGUCUUCCUAAGUGUUAUAAAACCAAACACAGGCGAUCAUGGAAGUCCAGCGGUGUUCGGGAGUUUCAUUGUCUGAAAAUAGUUCCAUGAACUCGACGACCAAACACCGCUGCCUGUUUUCAUGCGAACAAGAUGGCUGCCACCUUGUGGUCGCCCAUAGGAAAUGCGGCCACCCAGGCAAACACUUAGAACACUGCGGUGUAAAUUAAAUCAAAGUAGCAAUUAGGCUUAACAAGCUCCAGGGUGGUCUCUGGUUCAUGCGGCUGUUCGGUUUCCGAACCAUAUAGUUCAAAUACAUGAAUGGAGACUUUUCAGUGUAUUUUACAGGGCCCAUAGUCUGUGGGCAGGAGGCUGGCAAGCAGGCUCCUCCAGGAGCUCAUUGCAAACUCACUUGGAAAGGGGAGUUUGUCACAUUAACAUUUUAGAAAAUGUACUAUUUUAUUGUUUUCCAUGGUGUUUAGUGUGUGCUCUUUUGUUACUGUAAGAAUAGACUUGUAUAAUUCUUUGUAAAUAUUAAAUAUCUAAUUUCGUGUGCACUUCAAAAAUCUAUUUCAAUACGUUUGUGUUUUAGGUCAUUUGUUUUUCGGAUGCAGAGCCAGGAAGUGCGAGAGAGAGCUGGAAACCAGACUAGUGGCAUCGACUUCUUCAUCAGCCAGGAGCGAAUUAUAUUUCUGGACACACAGGUAGCGAAACUAUGUUAAAGCAUAGGAUUGUUGAACAUCUAAAAACACAUGGAUUUCAAGAUCAGAUACAAAAUGGGUUUACUUCAGGGAGAUCAUGCCAAACUGAUCUUAUUGAUUUUUUUGAUUGGGUAACUAAAAUAAUAGAUCAGGGUGGUGCAGUAGACAUUGCUUACCUAGAUUUCCAUAAGGUUUUUGACACUGUAGAAGACUUAUCAAUAAACUGCAAUCUUUAAGUUUGGAUUCCAAUAUUGUUGAAUGGGUAAGGCAGUGGCUGAGUGACAGGCAACAGAGGGUUGUAGUCAAUGUAGUAUAUUCAAAGCAUUGGCUUGUCACCAGUGGGGUACCUCAGGGAUCUGUACUUUGACCCAUUCUCUUAAAUAUUUUUAUUAGUGAUAAUGCAGAAGGUCUUGAUGGUGAGGUAUGUCUUUUUGCUGAUGAUUCUAAGAUAUGUAACAGGGUUGAUGUUCCAGGAGGGAUAAACCAAAUGGCAAAUGAUUUAGGUAAACUAAAAAAAUGGUCAGAGUUGUGGCAACUGACAUUUAAUGUGGAUAAGUGCAAGAUAAUGCAUCUUGGACGUAAAAAUCCAAGGGCAGAGUACAGAAUAUUUGAUAGAGUCCUAACCUCAACAUCUGAGGAAAGGGAUUUAGGGGUGAUUAUUUCUGAUGACUUAAAGGUAGGCAGACAAUGUAAAAGAGCAGCAGGAAAUGUAUUAGCACUAGAAAGAAGGAAGUACUCAUGCCAUUGUACAGAACACUGGUGAGACCUCACUUGGAGUAUUGUACGCAGAAGGAUAUUGAUACUUUAGAGAGAGUUCAGAGAAGGGCUACUAAACUGGUUUAUGGAUUGCAGGAUAAAACUUACCAGGAAAGGUUAAAGGAUCUUAACAUGUAUAGCUUGGAGGAAAGACGAGACAGGGGGGAUAUGAUAGAAACAUUUAAAUACAUAAAGUGAAUCAACACAAUAAAGGAGAAGACCAUAUUUAAAAGAAGAAAAACUACCUCAACAAUAGGACAUAGUCUUAAAUUAGAGGGGUAAAGGUUUAAAAAUAAUAUCAGGAAGAAUUACUUUACUGAGAGGGUAGUGGAUGCAUGGAAUAGUGGUAGAGGUUAACACAGUAAAGGAGUUUAAGCAUGUGUGGGAUAGGCAUAAGGCUAUCCUAACUAUAAGAUAGGGCUAGGGACUAAUGAAAGUAUUUAGAAAAUUGGGCAGACUAGAUGGGCCGAAUGGUUCUUAUCUGCCGUCACAUUCUAUGUUUCUAUGUUUCUAAGAUCGCUGUGUAAAAGUCUAAAUUAAAAUUGCAUAAUAGACAGAGCAUCAUGGGAAACAUGAUUCAAAGAAGGUCACAUCCACAGGCUGACCUCUAGUAGCCAGGUUAUGGACCUGGCUACUAGAGGUCAGCCUGUGGAUGUGACCUUCUUUGAAUCAUGUAGCAGAAUAUAUACGGGAAAAGAAAGUACACCCUCUUUGAAUUCUUUGGUUUUACCUAUCAGAACAUAACAACAAUCAUCUGUUUCUUAGCAGGUCUUAAAAUUAGGUAAAUACAACCUCAGUUGAACAACAACACAUGACAUAUUACACUGUCAUGAUUUAUUUAACAAAAUAAAGCCAAAAUGGAGAAGCCAUGUGUGAAAAACUAAGUACACCUUAUGAUUCAAUAGCCUGUAGCAGCAAUCACUUGACUUAAUCGAUUUCUGUAUGACUUUAUCAGUCUCUCACAUUGCUGUGGAGGAAUGUUAGCCCACUCUUCUUUACAACAUUGCUUUAGUUCAUUGAGGUUCGCUGGUAUUUGUUUAUGUACAGCUCCCUUUAAGGUUCCGUCACAGCAUUUCACUCAGGUCUGGACUUUGUGUUGUUGAUCAUCUGAGGUUGUACCUAAUUUUAAGGCUUUCUAAGGAACAGAUGAUUGUUAUUUCCUGAUAUGUAAUGCCAUACAAUUCAAUAAGGGUGUACUUCAUUUUUCCAAUGGGGCCAAUUUGUCAUAUCCUAUUAUGUACUUCUCUUUUCCAGCCUAUUCUCAGUCCUGCAAUAUUGGAUCAUUUGAUAAAUAAUGACCGGAAGCUCCCUCCAGAGUACAACCUACCUCAUACAUACGUGGAGAUGCAGGUAAGAACUCAACAAAAGAACAGACACAUUUAUGAUUAGUGAUCGCAUACAAGUGAUUAUGAAGCUGCAAAUAUCACCCAUGGUGCACACAUCAUAAAUAUCACAUAUAUUGGAAAUCUACACACAUUUCUUGGUGCGUUUUUUUUCCGCAGACCUGCAUGGAUGUAAUACUUGACAUGACUUUUCUUUGCAUUAUGUUCUUUUGAACACAUUUGCACACAUUUGACCUUUCUCUUGGGCUGAAAAUAUAUUUCCUAGCAUGCAUCAGACAUUAAUGUUCAAUUGGUUUAUCACGUUAUAGUUUUUCAGUCAGGGAAUCUUUUAACACGUAGCACGGUGUGCGUGUAUUUAUGUAUAUCAUUUUUUUUUCAUUUGAUCUAUAUUAAUCCUCUUGUUUGCAUUCAGUCGCUGCAGAUUGCUGCUUUCCUAUUUACCGUUUGCCAUGUUGUCAUCUUUGUCCAGGACUGGUUUACUGACUUCAACUUAUACCGGUGAGGAUGAGCUCUUUGUGAAGAAUGUGUUAGAGCAUUAUAUCUGAAAAUGGCUCUAAUGAAAAUAGUUUGUGAAAGAGUCAGCUUAAUCUUCCACAUGACACAGGGUCGUGUGAAUUUCUCUGCAUUGCAGAAUAUAUUUUUUCAAUGCGAUCAAUGUGUUUAAAGUCUUGUACAGUCUGGCAACAUCACAAGGCUGCGCAGUCUGUGUUACAUAGGGCACUGCAAUGUUGGCACAGUCUGUAUUAUAUAGGGCACUGCAAUGUUGGCACAGUCUGUGUAAUAUAGGGCACUGUAAUGCUGGCACAGUCUGUGUUAUAUAGGGCGCUGCAAUGCUGGCACAGAAUGUGUUAUAAAGGGCACUGCAAUGCUGGCACAGUCUGUUAUAUAGGGCAUUGCAAUGCUGGCACAGUCUGUGUUAUAUAGGGCACUGCAAUGCUGGCACAGAAUGUGUUAAAUAGGGCACUGCAAUGCUGGCACAGUCUGUGUUAAAUAGGGCACUGCAAUGCUGGCACAGUCUGUGUUAUAUAGGGCACUGCAAUGCUGGCACAGUUUGUGUUAUAUAGGGCACUGCAAUGCUGGCACAGUCUGUGUUAUAAAGGGCGCUGCAAUGCUGGCACAGACUGUGUUAUGCUGGCACAGUCUGUGUUAUAUAGGGCACUGCAAUGCUGGCACAGACUGUGUUAUAUAGGGUGCUGCAGUGCUGGCACAGUCUGUGUUAUAUAGGGCACUGCAAUGCUGGCACAGUCUGUGUUAUAUAGGGCGCUGCAAUACUGGCACAGAAUGUGUUAUAUAGGGCGCUGCAAUACUGGCACAGAAUGUGUUAUAUAGGGCGCUGCAAUGCUGGCACAGAAUGUGUUAUAUAGGGCACUGCAAUGCUGGCACAGAAUGUGUUAUAUAGGGCGCUGCAAUGCUGGCACAGAAUGUGUUAUAUAGGGCGCUGCAAUGCUGUCUGUAUUGUAUGGGGUAUUCUAAUGCUGGUGCUGUCUGUAUUGUAUGGGGUACUCUAAUGCCGGUGCUGUCUGUAUUGUAUGGGGUACUCUAAUGCCGGUGCUGUCUGUAUUAUAUGGGGUACUCUAAUGCUGGUGCUGUCUGUAUUGUAUGGGGUACUCUAAUGCUGGUGCUGUCUGUAUUGCAUGGGGUACUCUAAUGCUGGUGCUGUCUGUAUUGUAUGGGGUACUCUAAUGCUGGUGCUGUCUGUAUUGUAUGGGGUACUCUAAUGCUGGUGCUGUCUAUAUUGUAUGGGGUAUUCUAAUGCUGGUGCUGUCUGUAUUGUAUGGGGUAUUCUAAUGCUGGUGCUGUCUGUAUUGUAUGGGGUACUCUAAUGCUGGUGCUGUCUGUAUUGUAUGGGGUACUCUAAUGCUGGUGCUGUCUGUAUUGUAUGGGGUACUCUAAUGCUGGUGCUGUCUGUAUUGUAUGGGGUACUCUAAUGCUGGUGCUGUCUGUAUUGUAUGGGGUACUCUAAUGCUGGUGCUGUCUGUAUUGUAUGGGGUACUCUAAUGCUGGUGCUGUCUGUAUUGUAUGGGGUAUUCUAAUGCUGGUGCUGUCUGUAUUGUAUGGGGUACUCUAAUGCUGGUGCUGUCUGUAUUGUAUGGGGUACUCUAAUGCUGGUGCUGUCUGUAUUGUAUGGGGUAUUCUAAUGCUGGUGCUGUCUGUAUUGUAUGGGGUAUUCUAAUGCUGGUGCUGUCUGUAUUGUAUGGGAUAUUCUAAUGCUGGUGCUGUCUGUAUUGUAUGGGGUACUCUAAUGCUGGUGCUGUCUGUAUUGUAUGGGGUAUUCUAAUGCUGGUGCUGUCUGUAUUGUAUGGGGUAUUCUAAUGCUGGUGCUGUCUGUAUUGUAUGGGGUACUCUAAUGCUGGUGCUGUCUGUAUUGUAUGGGGUACUCUAAUGCUGGUGCUGUCUGUAUUGUAUGGGGUACUCUAAUGCUGGUGCUGUCUGUAUUGUAUGGGGUACUCUAAGGCUGGUGCUGUCUGUAUUGUAUGGGGUAUUUUAAGGCUGGUACAAUCUGUAUUACGUGGGUUAAUGCUUUACAGACUGUGUGUUCUGCAGUUUACUGACACCAAUCUUUAUCUCCAGCUUUCUCCAGACCGCUGAAAUGCUUAAACCAUCUACUCCAUCUCCCAGCCAUGAAUCCAGCAGCUCUUCUGGGUCUGAUGAAGCCAUGGAGUACUACCCUCAUAUGGGUAAGGGAGAGAAAAAAAUAUAUAUAUUUUCCACUUGCCUUAAUAUUCCUUGAGAUUUUUACCAUACCUGAGAUUUUUUGAUUUUUUUUGGAUGACCUAGAAAUGUACAACUAUUAAUGCAGUACAAACCCACUUCUCUGGCUGGCUGUGACUGACCGUGUUUGUUUUCCACCAAAAGCUAGAUUACCGUAUACUGUCCCACCCAUGUGAUGAGAUUUGUUAUCGGGCCAGCAUAGUUCCCUGUGGGAGUCUGCCAAGCUUACCGAACACAAGAUUAAGCAAACCUUAAAGGGAAACUAUUAUGAAAUCAUUUUUUAGUUUUUUGAAAUACAUUUAAUAGAUAAUACAUGAAAAUAUUAUGCAAACUAUUGGUAAAAAAUAAAAUAAAAAAAUAUUUAAUAUGUUUAAUGGGUGUGUUGCUUAGUUUUGCAUGUAAACAUAAAAGACAUAAUACUGUCAUUGUGUAAUGCUUUUUAUGUGAUACAUUAUGAAAAAGAAAACCAUUGAGUUCUAAAUACCAUCAUUCACGUAUGAAAACUUCCAUACACAAAGUGGUCUGAGCUAGAAGUGUUAUACCAACAUGAAAACUUAUCUAAGUGGAUUUGGCUGUUUACGUAUCGGAGUUCUGCUUGGUUCGUUUGCAGAUGCCAUGGAUAUUGAGUGGAUACUAAAAUUUUACAGUGUCUCCUAAAGGGGUAGAAUUCAGUCAAUAAAGAAAGAUAUAGGAUAUGCCACCCAGUUCCAAAAAUUGGGCAGAAAAUCAGAAGCCACUACCAUGGAGACAUAAGAGACUUGGAAACACUGUAUCCCUCAACUAGUUUCCAAAGUUAUCUAGUAAAACCACAAGGAAACCCCAAUCUCCCUGUUUUACAGUACAGUUCUAUGGAAUACAGGUCCCAGAUAUUACUUUCUGUUGUGUGUUUAUUCACUCAGUAGCAGAAAAACAGAGAGGGCAUUCUUUCUGCAUUAUCAGGUCGCUGACCUCAUGGGCUGCCCCACUGCAUUGCUUCCUUAGUGCUGAAAAAUAUAACCCCUUUAACAUGAAGCUAAUUUAAAGGACCACACUGAGAACCAUAAUAACUUCCUUGCAAUGAUGUUGUUAUGGUGCAAGGAGAUCAUGGUCUUACCUUAAAAAGCUAAACUGUUAACAAACUGUAGAAUGCCAAACUUUGGAAGAAUGCGCCUGAUCAGUCUGCCCCUUUCCUUCAAUCAGGAAGCCUUGGACCGGGUACCGCUAAUAGGCUGAGAGCGUCAGCUGACUUACCAUCACUUAGUUGUUACAAACAGGUUUAGGAAUUAGUAUUUUUUUUGCUUUUCACACCUAGAUCCAUUUUAUUUUUGGAGAAGUGCAAUACUAUAGUCAUGUAGAUUAAUUAGUGGCUUUAUUGUAAUGCAGGGUGUUAAUAAGAAUCUUGUAGUAUCUUUGGAUAUUGGAGGAUUAAUCAAUAGUUAAUAGAUAUUGUUCAUUUUGGCCGGCACUUUUUCAAUCUGCAUUCCAGCUCUGUGUUAGUGUGAUGUCAAUAUGACAUAUCUCUCCAUUUCUGUAUUUAGUUUUCCUGCAAAAUAAAGCAAAGCGAGAAGAUUUCUGUCCCCUUAACUUGAAGCAAAUGCACACUGUGAUCGACAAACUUAUGAUGCAUUCACGUCUUCGAUAUAAAGGUACAUUUAUUUUAAUCUCUCAACUAUGGAGUCUUAAUAAAAAAUAAUAAAAAAUGCAGUAAUGAAACUGUGAGCUUUUUAGCUAUAUUCCUUGUCCUAAGAAAAUCUGUCUGUGCUCGUAGGUUGGCAGUUUAGGAUUUAAAUCCCUAGUGUCCCUUUUUAAAAACAUUGUUUAAUUGUAACUCUUGAUAUUUCCUGUAAUGAUAUUUUUUAACACAUGGCUGCAUAAUGAUAUACUGCUCAAAUCUGACUCCUAGGUACUCUCUCCAUGCUUGACUGUAACAUCUUCCCUGGCCUGCCGUAUGACUUUCUAGAAUCGGAGGUGAAUUUAUUCCUCAUCCCAACCAUGGACACGGAUACUGAUGAGACCAUGUCCAGGGCAGGUACUGCAUUUAUGAUCACAGAGCUUUUGAAAUGUAGAUUUCCAUCUGAUGCCUCUGCUCUGCAAAAAAAUCUGCACAGAGCAUGGAAAUCCAGCUAUGGUCCUGGAACUGUUCAACUACAAUUCACUUUUUCCUUGGUGAGAGUUGAUGAAUCCCAGCAGAUAUAGGGCUGAAACAGGACAGCUCUAAUAUAGAGCUGCGUUAAUCAGUGCAAAGAGGGCAGGUUCCCUCCUAGUGAGCAAUUCCUGCCAAACAGUCCAGUAUCAUACUGUCUGAGAAUGUUACAUGUUACAAAAAAGAAAUUGUGAUAUAUAUUUAAUCAUAAUAAUACUCGCAGUUUUGCUUAUAUUUUGCGACAACCACUAAACAUAGCUUCACGUUUCUUCUUCUCCUGGUCCUAGUGAGUGAGGUGCAGCUGACUUUGAGAAUAAGGGAUCUAUUGAUUAUCUCUUAUCAUCUUGGCAUCUCACACUUUUUUAUAACUAAGGCCUCAAUUUAAUAUUUCUGGAUCAAAAUCUGUAAGAAAAUCAUUCCAAAUGAUUUGUUUACAAAAGUCCCAUAGACUUUGAUGGUGACUUCUGUAAAUAAGUACAUUGUAAACAUUUUUCUAAUUGGGAUUAUUUGAAAAGAUCAUCCAGAAAUGUUAAAUCGAGGCCCAAGUAAGCAAUAUGGGAAAUGCAAUUCACAAACAUAUGGCCUGCUAAAUUUAGCGUGUUUUUCUGCUCUGUUUUCUAAUCGAGUCAAAAUACCUAUAGAGAAUCUGUUUGUGGUUUUAAAAUGCAAACCUUAUUCAUUAUUUUCAGGCUCAGGAGGGACUCCACUCUUCUCCCUGCUUCCUGGUUACAAAGGACAUCCCAGCUUCCAUGCCAUGAUCAGCCGACUGCGGAGCCAAAUCACAUCAAUGUCACGACCCCAGCUCUCUCAUACUAUCCUGACGGAGAAAAACUGGUGGGAAUCCGUCUUGUUCUGUGUGACAUGUGAUAGAAAAUAAAGAACUGGUGUUGUGUGAUAUCAACAUUAAAAUAUAGUCUGUGAUAAGUCAUAGUGGAGCAGGCUUGUAGCAAUAAAUUGGAAUUGGAAAGUGGUCCAAGGCCAAAUUUAAGGACACUAUCUGGACUAAAAGCAUAGCUGGCUUAGAGAUUUUUAUUUCCAUUUCAGAUAUUUUGACCGUAAAUUUGAAAUUCACUUUGAAUUCUCACCUUAGUAAAUAAACUCUCCAAUUUUAAUUGGAGUGAUGUACCUGUGCUUAUAGUGGGAAUAUAAAUUACUUAGGCCAUAGAAGUGCACAAUAAUAUGAAUUCUUUAAUGGACAUUUUUUUCCAUCUGGCUUUCCCUUUUCUGUUGCCUCACUGUCACGGCCCCUCACUGUCACCAUCCCUCACUAUCACGGCCCCUCACUGUCACCGUCCCUCGCUGUCACCAUCCCUCACUGCCAUGGUCCUCACUGUCAUGGUCCUCACUGUCACUGUCCCUCACUGUCACUGUCCCUCACUGUCACUGGUCCUCACUGUCACGGUCCUCACUAUCACCAUCCUUCACUGUCACCGUCCCUCACUGUCACUGUCACGGUCCUCACUGUCACUGUCCCUCACUGUCACUGUCCCUCACUGUCAUCACCCCUCACUGUCACUGCCCCUCACUGUCAUCGCCCCUCCCUGUCACUUUCCCUCCCUGUCACUUUCCCUCCCUGUCACUGCCCCUCACUGUCACUGUUGCCUCACUGUCACCGUCCCUCGCUGUCACGAACCCUCGCUGUCAUGGUCCUCACUGUCACUGUUGCCUCACUGUCACUGUUGCCUCACUGUCACUGUUGCCUCACUGUCACUGUUGCCUCACUGUCACCGUCCCUCAAAGUGCACAAUAAUAUGAAUUCUUUAAUGGACAUUUUUUUCCAUCUGGCUUUCCCUUUUCUGUUGCCUCACUGUCACGGCCCCUCACUGUCACCAUCCCUCACUAUCACGGCUCCUCGCUGUCACCGUCCCUCACUGUCACCAUCCCUCACUGCCAUGGUCCUCACUGUCACUGUCCCUCACUGUCACGGUCCUCACUGUCACUGUCCCUCACUGUCACUGUCCCUCACUGUCACUGGUCCUCACUGUCACGGUCCUCACUAUCACCAUCCUUCACUGUCACCGUCCCUCACUGUCACUGUUGCCUCACGGUCACCGUCCCUCACUGUCAUCGCCCCUCACUGUCAUCGCCCCUCACUGUCAUCGCCCCUCACUGUCAUCACCCCUCACUGUCACUGCCCCUCACUGUCAUCGCCCCUCCCUGUCACUUUCCCUCCCUGUCACUUUCCCUCCCUGUCACUGCCCCUCACUGUCACUGUUGCCUCACUGUCACCGUCCCUCGCUGUCAUGGUCCUCACUGUCACUGUUGCCUCACUGUCACUGUUGCCUCACUGUCACUGUUGCCUCACUGUCACUGUUGCCUCACUGUCACUGUUGCCUCACUGUCACCGUCCCUCACUGUCACGGCCCCUCACUGUCACGGCCCCUCACUGUCACGGCCCCUCACUGUCACGGCCCCUCACUGUCACCGUCCCUCACUGUCACCGUCCCUCACUGUCACCGUCCCUCACUGUCAGGUCUACACCUCAGGCUGUUGGAUUUAUUUCUUACAAUACUGAUCUUUUCCAGGUUCCACUAUGCAGCUCGGAUCUGGGAUGGAGUUAAAAAGUCAUCCGCACUGUCAGAAUACAGCAGGUUAUUGGGCUAAAGCCAGCCAGACAACGACACCUACCAACAUCCAGUGCUGAUGGGUACAUCCCGGCCCUUUGAAGACUUAAGGAAACAGGUCACGUUCAAGAGGAUACAGGGAUCCAGAUACUGAAACAUUCUUCUUCUCUCAAGAUCCCCGACAAAUCUUUUUUGGGUCGCAGUGUUCAACUCUGAGGAUGAGUUUGAUUUUUCCAUGACUGAGUAUAUUGGGGGCUCUGCAAACCUCUAACUGUAACAAUUAUGUCACAAUCCCCUCUACGAAUCCUGUAAAGCAGAGCUGUCAGAAGCUCAGUAGACUUGCGACAGUAAAGUAAUUGGCUACAAUGAGGAACCUUGAACAGGUCAACACUCUAUGUCCCUGGUGAAAACAGAGGAAAUCGAAGUUUCCAAGCCAGUAAAUGAAUUACCCUGUUAAUGAUUCACUGUCAGAGGUUUGAGUCCUAUGUCUGAUGUCAACUGAUUAUGUCGAUAAAGAGAUGACUGCUAAUUAUGAAAAAGUAUAUGAAAGGAAUAUAGUGAUUUAUAUAUUUGUGAAUAGAUGAGAUUUGGGGGAAUCCUUUUUCAUUUUCGGCCACAAUUAAUUAAUUAAGGAGUGUCUUAUCCCCCACUGUUUUGUUUGUGUACUGUUUGUGUGAGUGCUGAUAAAAAGAGUAAAAAUUUAAUUUAUGUUUACCAAUAAAUUUUACUCUAUGGUGAUUGUCCACAUAGAAGUCCUUUUAUAUGUGAAUAAGCCAGAAUAUGAAUUUAAAGGGACAAUGUAGACACACAGACCACUUCAGCUCAUUGAAGUGGUCUGGGUGCAAACUUCCAUCACUCUUAACCAUGAGCAUGUAAUUAUUGC